AUGAAGAUUAAGCAACAAAUACGACACGAAUGUACCCUCAGCAAAGAACAAAAAGGGGAUAUCCUGAGGUCCCCUUACUCCUCCCCCAUACGUAAAUUAUCUUUUUGGUAUCAGAGCUUCAGAACGGUUAAUAAGAGUGAGGAAAGUAUCCCGUACUUUCGAAGCCAAUGUGCUUUCCUCAAAGAAAAGAAGCGGCAUUUACUGACUGAAGAGUAUAAAUCGAUCUUGCAUCCUUUCAGCCAGAUUAUUCGCAAAAAGCGAGUGAUAAUGUUCUUUAUGUGGUUGACGUCGUUCGCGAUGGACCCCUAUUUGGGGACUUUCUAUGCGAAGAUUUACCUUCACCCCGACAGAGGGAUACUACCGUUCGACUUCAUCCAAGGAAUUAUGGCUUGUUUGUACUUGAUUGACGUGAUCUCGCGAUUUUAUACCGGCUAUUUCAUAGAAAUGACAGGAGUGGUGGUUCUGGAGCCGAAAAAAAUCUACAAUCACUACUUGAAGAUUUACUUUUUCUUCGACUUUUGCGGUGUGGUGCACAUGUUCUUCAUGUUAGUGUUGCGUCGGUACUUGUCUUUGAGAGCCCAGGUGCUCAUCUACCCUAUGGUCAGCAUCCGUGUAGUACGCUUAAUAACGCUGUUGUAUAACUUCAACGUAGUGUUGCGAGAAUUCAGAUGCCGCGAAGUUGCCAGGAAAAUCUACACGACGGUCCUGUUCUCCAUCUUGCUUAUCCACUGGUCCACUUGUCUCCUGGCUCUGGUUCCUGUGAUUCGCGAGAUCCACAACCACUGGAGCAAGGAGUCUUGGUUGACACCCUUGUACUUGUACCGCCAAAACAUUCUAGUCGCCGAGGAAACGAACGUAACUCGCGCCUUGGAAUUCCAGAUAUUCUACGGCACCUUCGUCGACUACCUCCACCACGUCCAACUCGUCAUCAGCCACUUCUUCGGCGCCGGCGUCGGCGAAUACCAAACCCACGACGCCCUCGAGAGGAUGCUCUUCUUCAUCCUCACGGCGGGUCUCAUGUACUGGACCACGGUGCUCGCGCACAUCCUCCAAAUUUUCGGGACCCUCUACAUCUCGGAGUCGAAAUUCGAAGAACUCGCCAUGGAAGUGAAGCACUUUAUGCUCAGGAACCGGUUCCCGAAAAGGUUGAGAAAGCGCAUCCGGAGGUACUACACACUCAAGUCCCACAGGAAGUUUUCCUCUGAAACGAUUAUUUUGAACACGCUAUCGGAACAUCUCCGGAUGGAAGUCCUUCUUUAUAGCUGUCAGAUUCCGAUCGACGACGUGCAGAUCUAUCCAGACCUAGACGAACUGACACUAGACCGGAUACUACACCGUAAAAUCGCCUUAUGUCCCCAUUAG